GUAAAUCGCCCUCUGCGAUUCAAAGCACGCGUAUACUACAGAGAAAUGGACAGUAAAACUAUUGGGAAGCCUAUUAAGUGCCUUGCAGCAGUUGCAUGGGAACCCAAAAAACCUCUCUUGAUAGAAGAAAUUGAAGUGGCACCUCCUAAAGCUGGGGAAGUUCGUAUAAAGAUUGUGACUACUGCUGUCUGCCAUACUGAUGCUUAUACUCUGGAUGGACUUGACCCAGAGGGAAAGUUUCCAUGCAUCCUUGGUCAUGAAGGAGCUGGUUUUGUAGAGAGUGUGGGUGAGGGUGUUACAUCAGUCCAGCCUGGUGAUCAAGUUGUGCCUUUGUAUAUUCCUCAGUGUGGAGAAUGCAAAUUUUGCAAAAGUCCUAAAACUAACUUGUGUAGCAAGAUCAGAGCUACCCAGGGCCAAGGAGUAAUGCCUGAUGGUUCAUCUAGGUUCACGUGUAAGGGGCAACAGAUAUACCAUUUCAUGGGAACCAGUACAUUCAGUGAAUAUACAGUAGUUGCUGAAAUAUCUGUAGCUAAAGUAAACUCCAAAGCUCCAGCUGAUAAAAUUUGCUUGUUAGGUUGUGGGAUUCCAACUGGUUAUGGUGCAGCUCUUAACACUGCUAAUGUUGAGCCAGAAUCGAAUGUAGCUGUUUGGGGGUUGGGUACAGUAGGGUUAGCUGUGGCCAUGGGUUGUAAACAGAGAGGUGCAAAACGCAUCAUUGGAAUUGAUAUCAACCCAGAGAAGUUUGAAAUAGCCAGGAAGUUUGGAUUCACAGAGUUUGUCAACCCAAAAGAUUAUGAUAAGCCAAUACAACAGGUCUUAAUUGAUAUGACUGAUGGAGGUUUAGACUACACCUUUGAAUGUAUUGGAAAUGUUGCUACAAUGAGAGCUGCAUUAGAAGCAUGCCACAAGGGUUGGGGAGAGUCUGUGAUCAUUGGUGUAGCAGGAGCUGGACAAGAAAUUUCUACUCGUCCAUUUCAGUUAGUAACUGGAAGAGUGUGGAAAGGAAGUGCUUUUGGAGGAUGGAAAAGUCGGGAUGGGGUCCCAAAAAUGGUGGAACAGUAUCUGGAGGGGAAGUUAAUGGUUGAUGAGUUUAUCACACAUACCAUAACAUUGGAGAAGAUUAACGAGGCUUUUGACCUGAUGCAUAGUGGAAAGUCAUUGCGCAGUGUCAUCACUUUCUGAGGUGAAAAUCUUGGAUGUAAGACAUUGGAGGAAGAAUUUGUUACUAUUCAACAAAUUCAUUAAAUAUUAGUCAACUAUUUUUUGAAAGAUUAUCUGAAUUUCAGGCUUUUUCCUACAAUAUCCUUUUUGUAUUUCUUUGCAUUCUUAAAUAAAAAACAGUAUUUUUGCAGUAGC